UGAACACGACGCCGCUAAUAUAGGUAUGUGUUUUAUAUCACUCGAUUUAAACUAGCUGCCUACACCUCUUCCAUAGUAUUUGUACAUUUAUGAAUGUUGGUGAAUGACAUGAAAUCACUUAUUGUUUUAAUUCUCAGCGUCCAAAUAGUGCUGACUGUGAAAUAUGAAUUUGAUGAAUACACAAGGGAAUCGAGGACACUAACUGGUAAAACAUGUCUUACUGGUUGCUCACCUAUCGACAACGAAUGUGUCGUUGACUGGCAGUGGAAAAAUGAAUCUUGCCGUGCGUAUGAGCCGGCUCCUGUGUAUAUGACAUCAAGAUUUAAAGAUCGUAGCAGUAAAUACUGCUUGAGUAAUUGUGACUAUUUCGGCUCUAAAGAGCAAUGGUGUAUAACAACGAAGGAUCUGAAGUGGGAUUUUUGCACAAAAUAUAAAAGGCCACCUUUUACUGGUACUAAAUCCAGAUCUGAAACAAUCAUUACGCAAACAGUAGUUGGAGAAACAUGCCUUGGACCAUGUCACCGUUGCGAAUGCACUGAUUAUAACUGGUGCAAGGUGGAAAAUAAAUGGAAGUGGCAUUAUUGCGCGUAUCCAGCUAUGUCCCGAAUUCCAGUAUUGCCAGCGGAUUAUAAUGUGGGCCAAAAACUUAAAGGUAUAUGCGACGAUUUUUUGAAAUUCCACUCCUCUAUGCGCCGGGAUACGCACUACGAAGAUAAAUCAAGCUUGCCGGAUAAUUUCUUGGCCGAACUAGCAGACGGUAUCGAAAUAACAACUGGGCAACUUGACACAGUUGCUAAAGUAGUUCGACUGAAUGAUGUAAAUAAUCCUAUUGAAAGUUACGUGACUGUAAAUAUUAAUAAUAUCUAUGUGCCAGCAAUAGUAAGAGCUCACAUAAGUAAAGACAUGUUGCAUCGACAGACGAAUGUAAGUCAUUCAAGAGAUGAGAUAGAGAGAAAAGUCCGUGAGCAAAUGUCAGGAAAUACAAAUCCAUAUGUCAUAGAAAAUUUGAUUGGAGAUAAUGUUGGUGGUCCAGAUAAAGAUUAUAACGUUGUACCGAUGUCUCAAGACUUAAGUUGCGUCUGGUAUGAACUUUGGGAAGCUAUAAGAAACUGGUCCCAGGAUAGCGGUGGUUCUGUGGAUGUUCUAGUUGUUGUAUUUUAUUCUGACGCAAAUACGCCAGUGCCUAAAGCGUUUGGUGUUUCGUUAACAUUCCGUAACAUAGAUAGAAGUUUGUUUUUAUCAUGUCGAGAGACGGUAUACUUUAAUGUCUUGUAAUCUUAUGUUACCGUCACUUGAUCUAUAAAAAAAAAUUAUACCGUGUUCUCAUUUCUAGUAUAUUUGUUUGUCCUUCUUUUACUCGUACGUAUAAAUAGCGCUAGAGUCAUAAAAUUAAAUGGUACAAUAUUAGAUACUAUUAUAAUAAAAAUAAUAUUUUAAUAUUUAUUUCAUCGUAAAUCUUUAGUUAAAGACGAAAUUUAAAAAUAACCAAUCAUCGAAAAAACAACGAGUGUUGUAACACUAUACGAAAAUUCCAAAAUUAUUUGAGUUUGAUGAAAAAGAUCACAUGGUUUUGAAUUAAACUGACUAUCAAUUGGUUCCCUAUUCUAAACAUACAUUCAUAGAAAGAGAAAGUAGGCAAAUAUUACUAUUGUGUCUCUUAUCUUUUUUUCUUUAUGUUACUAAAAUGUUAGUGCGAUUACUUCAUGUCACCGAAAAUAAUUCCAAUGUGUAUAUAACAUGUUUUAUUGUGAUUAGUGCAAAUAAAAUUAUCAUUCAUUAAUUUGUUCAAA